GUGGUGCACUUCAUUUCUAAAAUGAAGAUCAUAUUGUCUGUGUGUACAGUUUGUUUUAUGUUUGGAAUUGUACAUAUAUCAGCUGUUACCGAUGAGGAAUUCCAAGCUUUAUUUAUCAGGCUUACUGCGCUAGAAGAAAAACAAGUAAUUUCCGACAAGCGAAUAGGCUCGCUUGAAAGAGACAUUGUUUCGUACGUGAACAGAAUCGCUGAUCUAGAAACUUACUGGAAACUGUCUGACAGAAGAGUUGAUAUGCUUAAAAGGAAAAAUGAUAUCUCUAACAGAAGAAUAAUCGCGCUCGAGAAGAAACUGUCGGACAAAACAUUUGUAGAGCAUGAAAAAAGAAAGACACUGUCUGACAAAUUAAUCGAAGCGUUAAGAAAAAACAUGGCGCUACCUGACAUAAUAUUGCAAACUAUUGAAACGAAUGACACAUUACCUAUGGACAAGACCACCCAGAAUGAACGGAAAGUUGCUUCGACCGACAAGAAAAUUCGAUCAACUGCAGCACAUUCAUGCGGAAGCAGAAGAUUUGUUUCAGAAGGAAAUGUUGCUUUUACUGCAAUAAAAAACCUUAACCAGAAACAUAUUGGCUUAGAUCAGAACAUCAUCUUUGAGCAGAUUCUUACAAAUGAAGGAGGCGGGUAUGACCCUAUUCAUAGUGUUUUCAUAGCACCACAAGCCGGCCUUUAUGUUCUGUCAUCAGCUGUAACGACGACCAGUGAUGGAAUGUCUCAUACCGCUAUUGUUCGCAACGGAAACAACGUCGCACGCAUGUAUGGUCAUGGAAACAGUGGAUAUUUCGACCAAGGCAGUCAGAUGAUUGUGAUUAGGCUGAAUGCUGGAGAUGAAGUUGCUGUUCAAAAUAUCGACAUUCCAGACCUCACUAUUGUUGGCGGACUGUAUUCAUCAUUCAGUGGCUUUUUACUGUUGCCGCAAUAAUACACAUGUUUAUGUUGACUUACGUAGACAUAUGUGAUGACAUACAAAUACAUGUAUAUUGCCAAAAUAUAGAUAUACAUAGUUUUUAUUUAAACUAAUGUUACUUGAAAUUAUGCAAUCACUCAUAAUGCAGAAGACCUCUACUAUUAAUAUAUUUCCACAAACAUAGGUUACACGUCCAUUCGUUUUGUUUAAUUAUAACAGUUCUAUGCGACUAUUCUAUAUAAGAAACUUUGCACUCGACGUUCGUUUUAUAUUUUCAAUAUAAAUGUGACCAGGGGUCCGUUUCAUAAACGAUCGUACGAUAAUGUUAAUUUACGAGAUAAUUUUGUAAUCUUAAUAAGCAGACGAACUAGCUCGCUAGGCUCGUCAAAUAUAUACGAAUAUAUACGGCGCUAAAGAUGCCAAUGUAAGUAGUUAAGUACUGACAAUUGUUAAACAUAUGAUAUGGACUUGAGCAAUUAUGCAUAUUCGAAAAAUGUAUCGUAUCGUUAAUGUUUAUAACGAUGUUUAUUGAAACGGUCUCCAGGUUUGUUUAUGCACAAUAACUUUGUUUGUUUUACUGAAUACAAUAACUGCACAAGGAA